AACCGAAACAUCCAAUCGAUUACGCGCCCAAAACGCCUGAGUGCGCAUGCGCUCACCUCCACCACCACCUGGCUCCCCCGUGACGUAGAUGAAAGAAGAAAAGCUCAUUUGGCCGCGGCGAGCGCGAGGCGAGUAGAUUACACGCGCACAGGGAGCGAGCGCGAGCCGGUCCGGCAGGAGGAGCGAGUCGGUGCCUGUGGGAACUCCUAAAAAAGUACCAUUAAAGCCGCUCCUCCUGCUGCUCCGCACAGGCUUUUUCACGGCACACUUGAGUAGGAAAAGAAAUGAGACAAAAAGUCAUGGAGAAAGAAGGAGAAAGAAGCUAACCCGGACAACAAAGUCAGCCAGAAAGAAGAAGAAAAGAAGGAUGGGGAUGGAUUUUAGCACCCUGGGGACCCUCAUCAGCAGAUAUUGUGCUGGUGAGGAGAACUGGGUUGACAGCAGGACUGUUUACAUUGGACACAAGGAGCCUCCUCCAGGAACGGAGGCCUACAUACCCCAAAGGUUCCCAGACAACAGAAUAAUUUCCUCCAAGUACACAUUUUGGAAUUUCAUCCCCAAGAAUAUGUUUGAGCAGUUCAGAAGAGUUGCCAACUUUUAUUUUCUCAUUAUCUUCCUGGUUCAGUUGAUUAUUGACACUCCAACCAGUCCCGUCACCAGUGGACUACCUCUCUUCUUUGUCAUCACCGUCACUGCCAUUAAACAGGGUUACGAGGACUGGUUAAGACAUAAAGCAGACAAUGCAGUCAACCACUAUCCUGUCCAUGUGGUGCAGCAUGGAAAAGUAGUCCGCAAACAAAGUCGUAAACUCAGGGUUGGAGAUGUCGUCUUAGUAAAAGAAGAUGAGAUUUUUCCCUGUGACCUCAUUCUGCUUUCCACAUCACGAGAGGAUGGUACCUGCUACGUGACUACGGCCAGUCUGGACGGAGAGAGCAGCCACAAGACUUACUAUGCAGUUCAGGACACAAAGGCCUACAGCACAGAGAAGGAGUUGGACUCCAUCCAGGCGGUUAUAGAGUGUGAACAACCACAGCCCGACCUUUACAAAUUUGUGGGCCGAAUUAACAGCUACAUGGACAACGAGGCAGUGGCUCGGCCAUUAGGAUCAGAAAAUCUGCUGCUUCGUGGAGCUACACUUAAAAACACUGAGUACAUCUAUGCUGUUGCCAUCUACACUGGCAUGGAAACCAAGAUGGCAUUGAACUACCAGUCCAAGUCUCAGAAACGCUCUGCGGUAGAAAAGUCGAUGAAUGCCUACCUAGUGGUCUACCUUUGUAUUCUCAUCGGCAAGGCUUUCAUCAACACGGCCUUGAAGUACGUGUGGCAGGCCAACCCCAACAGAGAUGAACCAUGGUACAACCACAGGACUGAUUCUGAGAGGCAAAGACAUACAGUGAUCAGGGCCUUCACCGACUUCUUGGCCUUCAUGGUUCUAUUCAACUACAUCAUUCCUGUCUCCAUGUAUGUGACUGUGGAGAUGCAGAAGUUCCUGGGUUCCUAUUUCAUCAUGUGGGAUGAUGAUAUGUUUGACGAGGAGCUGGGAGAGAGCGCUGUCGUCAACACAUCAGACCUCAACGAGGAGCUCGGACAGGUGGAGUAUGUAUUUACAGACAAAACAGGCACUUUGACAGAAAACAACAUGGAAUUCAUAGAGUGCUGUGUGGACGGGCAUGUUUACGUCCCUGAUGUAAUCUGCAAUGGACAGGUGAUGCCCGGUGCAGCAGGUAUGGACAUGAUUGACACAUCGCCGGGUCCCGAGGCCAGAGAGCGUGAGGAGCUGUUUUUCCGUGCACUGUGUUUGUGCCACACAGUCCAGGUGAAGGAGGAAGAGACUGUUGAUGGCAUUAAGCAUGGACUCCACCAGGGCAAGUCAUCAUCCUUCUACAUCUCCUCAUCGCCAGACGAGGUGGCACUGGUGGAAGGCAUGAAGAGGCUUGGUUUCACCUAUCUGAGACUGAAGGACAGUCAGAUGGAGAUUUUAAAUAGAGAUGAUGAGAUUGAGAGGUUUGAACUCCUUGAGGUUUUGACCUUUGACUCUGUCAGACGAAGGAUGAGCGUCAUUGUCAGGUCCAGCACUGGUCAGCUCUAUCUGUUCUGCAAAGGUGCCGACUCCUCCAUCUUCCCCAGGGUCAUCUCAGGCAAAGUGGAUCAGGUCAGAGCACGGGUGGAACACAACGCAGUGGAGGGUCUGAGGACGCUGUGUGUCGCGUACCGUCAUUUGAGUCCUGAAGCUUACCAGGAGGUUUGUCUACUGCUGAACGGGGCCAAGUUGGCGUUACAAGACCGAGACAAGCGACUGGCUGAAGCCUACGACCUCAUUGAGAAGGACCUGAUACUACUGGGAGCGACUGCUGUUGAGGACAGGCUCCAGGAGAAAGCAGCGGACACCAUCGAGUCCCUCCACAAAGCUGGCAUGAAGGUGUGGGUGCUCACCGGCGAUAAGAUGGAAACAGCGGCUGCUACCUGCUAUGCCAGCAAGCUGUUCCGACGCAACACGCAGAUCCUGGAGCUGACCACCAAACGCACCGAGGAGCAGAACCUUCACGAUGUCCUGUUUGAUCUGAGCAGGACAGUGCUGAGACAGCACGGAGGAAUGACUCGCGACACUUUCUCUGGUUUGUCAGGUGACGGUACAGACUACGGCCUGAUCAUCGAUGGAGCAACCCUCUCUGCGGUGAUGAGGCCCGGUCAGGAGGAUUCGAACUCAGGGAAUUACAAAGAGCUUUUCCUGGAAAUCUGCCGAAACUGCAGUGCGGUGCUGUGCUGUCGAAUGGCGCCGCUUCAGAAAGCACAGAUUGUGAAGCUGAUCAAAGCCUCAAAGGAGCAUCCAAUAACUUUGGCCGUUGGUGAUGGAGCUAAUGAUGUCAGCAUGAUUCUUGAGGCCCACGUCGGCAUCGGAAUCAUGGGUAAGGAGGGUCGACAGGCAGUGAGGAACAGUGACUAUGCCGUCCCAAAGUUCAAACACCUGAAGAAGAUGCUACUCGUCCACGGUCACUAUUACUACAUACGCAUCUCUGAGCUCGUGCAAUACUUCUUCUACAAGAAUGUCUGUUUCAUCUUCCCCCAGUUUCUCUACCAGUUUUUCUGUGGCUUCUCACAACAGCCACUGUACGAUACAGCCUACUUGACUCUGUAUAACAUCAGCUUCACCUCACUGCCCAUCCUGAUCUACAGUCUGAUUGAGCAGCACAUCAGCAUGGACAUCCUGAAGAAGGAUCCGUCUCUCUACAGAGAUAUCGCUAAGAACUCGUUGCUGCAGUGGCCCACCUUCAUAUACUGGACCUUUCUGGGUAUAUAUGAUGCCAUUGUGAUGUUCUUUGGCGCUUAUUUUCUGUUUGACAACACCAGCUUCACCAACAAUGGACAGCUAAUGACAACCAACACACAGAUGAUGUUUGGAAACUGGACAUUUGGAACGCUGGUCUUCACUGUGCUCGUCUUCACCGUCACAUUAAAGUUGGCGCUAGACACUCAUUAUUGGACUUGGAUCAACCAUUUUGUUAUCUGGGGCUCCCUGAUUUUCUUUGUGGUCUUCUCUCUGCUGUGGGGUGGAAUCAUCUGGCCUUUCCUCAACUAUCAGAGGAUGUACUACGUGUUCAUGCAGAUGUUGUCCAGUGGUCCAGCCUGGCUCAGUAUUAUCCUUCUGAUAACGGCAGGUCUGUUACCAGAUGUGGUGAAGACUGUCAUUUGGAGGGCGCUGUGGCCCACCACUACUGACUGCAUACAGAAUGCUGAUAAACUCUAUAAGGGCCAGCUCUCAGAGUUCACCCCCCUGGCGACUCAGCACAGCGCACCCAAAUGCAGCAGUGACCGGCGAGGCUCGGCGCCCCAAAGGAACGGGGUGAACCCUCGAAGGUCUGACCCACUUACCAAGAAAAUCAUGUACACACGCUGGCAACACACUGCAGACUACUGCACCUUCGCCCCGGUUUUCCCAUUUGCAGGUGCCUCCUGCCACUCAAAGCAGGGACACGCCUACAGCGGGGCGGGGCCAGAGACAUCAGUAUAGUUUACUUCUGUUGAACAUUUGUUUUAUGUUAAACAUGAUAACGUCACUACUGUGGCGUUGAAGAUAUUCAAAUGUAGCAGAGUUAAGAUUAUGAAAGCACAUGGAACAAACGUUUGAACCUAUCGAAACACUUUGGUUCUCAGACCCGGACAUGGGUCACUGAUAGGACUCAAACACUGUGUCUGGAAUCUACAUGAGCUGAUAGUCAGUAGAAAGUGACUCUCAAAAUCAUGGUGCAAAGCAUGAUGGGACGGCUCUGGACAGGACUCCAUCCAGAGCAAAGAGUUCAGUGUGUCAGCGUCACAGCGGAGACCUGAAACCACAUUCUGGCACAGAUGUGGGUGGGCGUUAUCAAAAGUAUGGGAUUUUUUUAUGAUAAUCUGUUUUGACUGGAGUUGUAAUGAUGAUGACUGAUAAUCAGUUAAGAAAACACUGGCUUUCUGUGAUCAAAUGUUUUGCAUUUCCUUAAAUUCAUGCCAUCUCUUUUUUUUUUUAUCUGUUCUGCCUUUCUUUUUUAUAGGACUAACUGGUGUUGUUUAUGUGCAUACAUAUUAUCCCGUAACACUCCCUAGGACACACAGGUCAGAUCCUACAACACUGUAAGGAGGAACAGCCUAGAACAGUGAAGUUUAAGUGUUCAGAAAAGUGGGCUUAUGCCUCCAAAAUGUCUCUUUUCUUUUCUGCCACAGUUACAUUUUUACAACAGUGAAAACAUCAGCAGGGUUUCUCUGUCAGGGGCCAGGCUGUAAUUACAUUCAUCUACAGAUUGGUGGUGCCACAGGAUGGUGUUUUAUACAGGACAUAUAGCCCACUGGUAGUGGUGGGCACAGUUCUGCUAAUCCGCUAAUUAUCAAAGCUAACUUUUUUGUUAGCGGGUUAGCUUUUCAGCUAACUUCAAAAACCAUCAGCGGACCAAUUAACUUCCAAUAAAAUUUAGUUCCUUUAACUUUUAGACGUUUAUUUACAUAGUUACUAGUGGUGAAAAACAUUUAUAAACCCUGUUGGCUCCUGUCUGCUAUGUAUUUUACAGCAGUGAGGCAGCUGAGAGGAGCUGAGCUCAACUCUACCGCAACAGAAGGAGCCUGGCCCCCAGGCUGCCACAAAAAAAACAAAAACAAAAAAAAAACAAACAAGUCAUUAUCCUUUACAGCAUACAGUGGUCCAGCUGUGAGG